AUGGAAACCUUCAGAAAUUAUAUCAUUCGUCUCUACGGGGAGCAGACGUUCCAGCACACCAGAAGACUACAGCGGAACAGGAUCAAGGAAGCCAGAUUUGUCAACCAUCUCACCUUUCUCAAAAGGUGCAGGGAUUCAGGGGUUAUCCCCCGCGGAUUGGUGCUCCAUGCACCUGUCCGUUCCAGACGAGCGGAGCAGGUUCUUAGACAUGCUUCUGAGAGUCUCAUCAGAGAGAGGAUCAGACACGUCCAUAACCAGCUCAGACAACUUCAACCUUUUGUUGAAACAUCGGAAGAAUACCUAAAGUCAAAGCUCUCGAGCAAGGAUUGGGGUAAAAUCGAUCGUUUCAUCAAAUCUUCCAGCCACUUCGUUUUUGAGACAACUAAGUCCAAACAAGUGAGGAAGUUUGAGAAACUGAUCCGUCCUUCCCGUUUCAACAAACACCAGCCGAGACACAACCGCCAGCCGAGACACAACCGCCAGCCCAGACACAACUUGCAUCCUAGCAAAACUGUUGUCAACCUCAGUCAACGUCAGUUGUCUGAGAAUGAACAUCAGGUCCUCUCAUUGGGACUUAAUUUUGCUAUGGCUCCUAAGCAAGUAAACCGAAAAGAAUUCAUCCAGAAGAUUGAACCCAGCCUCAGACAUCUUACUCGGUCUCAAUCAGACACAGUGCGUAUCCAAAUCUCACAAGUACUGACUUCGGUUAACCCACCUCGGCCCAACCUCACCAAAGCCGAGAAGUCAGGCCUUGCUAGUCUCCGAGAGGAUAACUCCAUUCAUAUUCUCAAGGCAGACAAGGGUAAUGCUACUGUUGUGAUGGACAGAUUGGAUUAUGAGACCAAGGUUCAAAGAUUACUGGAUUCGGGGACCUAUAGGAAACUUCCUAGAGACCCCACGCCGGCCAUCGAACGUAGGGUUAAUGAUAAGCUCCUCUCUCUCCAGAGAAAGGAUGUCUUGUCUAGACCCAUUUACCGACAACUCCGGAGCUCGUCUGGUCUAUGUCCCAUAAUCUUUGGGCAACCGAAGAUUCAUAAACCAGACACUCCACUCAGACCUAUUGUGUCUACUAGAGGAUCUCCCACGUACGCACUGGCUCAGCAUCUGACUUACAUCUUACAGCCUCUUGUUGGUCAGGGCGUGCAUCACGUGAGAAACUCUAAACAUUUCGUUGAGCAGAUCUGUCAGAUGAACGUCUCUAACAAUGACCUCCUCAUCAGCUUUGAUGUUGAGUCAUUGUUCACAAGUGUACCAGUUAAGGAUGCUUGCGCCAUCAUCCUUGAGAGAUUGAAAUUUGACAGAACUCUCCCUGACAGGACACAGUUGUCUCCUCUAGAGAUCCAUGACCUGCUUGAGAUGUGCCUCAAUUCCACCUCUUUCAGAUGGAGAGACACAUUCUACAGGCAAACGGAAGGGGCUGCCAUGGGGUCUCCCCUGUCCCCAGUGGUAGCCAACAUGUUCAUGGAACAUUUCGAGGAGACGGCUCUCCAGUCAGCAACCCACAAACCCAAAGUGUGGCUUAGAUAUGUGGACGACACUUUUGUGGUUUGGCAACACGGUGCUGAGGAAACUAGCAAUUUCUUACAGCACCUCAACUCUCAACACGAGUGUAUCAAGUUCACCAUGGAAAUGGAGAAUGAGGGGUCUAUCCCCUUUCUUGAUACAAAGAUUACGAGGACGGCACAGGGAUCCCUAUCCCAUCAGGUUUAUCGGAAACCUACUCACACUGAUCGGUACUUGAACUAUCGUUCAUUCCACCACCCAUCAGUGCUGAGAUCCAUCAACAAGACGUUAGUCAAACGAGCGCAUGAGGUUAGUGACCAGAUCCACCUGAGAGGUGAGCUUGAGCAUAUCAAACGUGUUUUGAAAUGUAACAACUACCCCUCACACAAGAUCUGCACUGAGCUUCCCCCCUCGCGGAACCCUCGUGCAGGACAACCCAAGGCGAGAGUCGUUCUUCCAUAUCUGGGAGCAGCCUCUCACAAAAUUCAGAGGAUUUUGAGAGAAGCCGACAUUGAGGUUCGUCAUAGUUCCUCAAAUAAGCUUCAAUCUGCCCUCACUACACAUAAGGACAAGCGCAACUCCAAGGACCUCCCUGGAGUUUACCGAAUUCCCUGUGAAUGCGGUAAAGUUUACAUCGGAGAGACGGGUCGUUCCUUCAACACUCGGAUUAAGGAACACAAGGCCCAUGGUAGGAGAGACGAGAGGGAGAGGUCUGCAAUCAUCGAUCAUGCCCAUACGCAUGAUCACCGGAUUCUUUGGGAUGAGAGUAGACUAGUCACCCGUGUCCCCUACUGGUAUCAACGGAGAGUCAGAGAAGCGUUGGAGAUUGAGGAACAUAACACUGUUCCUCAAGACAGCGGCCUCCAACUCAGCAAUAUCUGGCUUACCGUUCUAGACAAAGGGGCUAAUUUGCCUAAUUAG